AUGGGUAGCGCGCCAUCUCCAUUUAACGUGGCCGGAGAGGGCUCGGAAAUACUCGAUCGAGCGCAAACCCAGAACGAAAGAAUCUCUGCGGAACAAAUACCGGCUUCUGGAGAAAGACAUAGGACGGCACCGCCGCCCGAUGUGCAAGACGCCAUCGCGGCUCAGACGUCGGAUCUCCAGGAGACAGGGCCGGCCGACGCAAAAUUUGGUCUAGUCCUAUCUCGAUCAGCACCCCCACCCCUUCCGAGCAUCGUUCAGACGACCCGACCCCUCUAA